UCUUUUCAACUCCUCUCACACCCACUCUCUACUUCCACCAGGCACUAUACCCAAUCUCAGAUCCAGACUUGCUUUCAUACUCGCGCAACCCAUGGCGCUCGUAGUUGAGAAAACAACCUCCGGCCGCGAGUACAAGGUCAAGGACAUGUCCCAGGCCGAUUUCGGGCGCCUCGAAAUCGAGCUCGCCGAGGUCGAAAUGCCGGGGCUCAUGUCCUGCCGAACCGAGUUUGGGCCAUCCCAGCCCUUCAAAGGUGCCAAGAUCACCGGAAGUCUUCACAUGACCAUCCAAACCGCUGUCUUGAUCGAAACCUUAACCGCCUUGGGCGCUGAGGUGAGAUGGUGCUCCUGCAACAUCUUCUCCACCCAGGAUCACGCCGCUGCCGCAAUCGCCCGCGACAGCGCUGCUGUGUUUGCCUGGAAAGGUGAGACCCUGCAAGAGUACUGGUGGUGCACUGAGCGGGCCCUCGACUGGGGGCCAGGCGGUGGACCCGAUUUGAUUGUCGACGACGGUGGUGAUGCUACUUUGUUGAUCCACGAGGGAGUGAAGGCUGAGGAAGAGUACGAGAAGUCAGGCAAGUUGCCCGACCCGAGUUCCACCGACAACGCUGAGUUUCAGAUUGUGCUGACUAUAAUUAGAGAUGGGUUGAAGGCUGAUCCAAAGAAGUAUACAAGGAUGAAGGAGAGAUUGGUUGGUGUUUCUGAGGAGACCACAACUGGAGUUAAGAGGUUGUACCAGAUGCAGGCUAAUGGCUCCCUGCUUUUCCCUGCAAUUAAUGUCAAUGAUUCUGUCACCAAGAGCAAGUUUGAUAACUUGUAUGGGUGCCGCCACUCCCUGCCCGAUGGACUGAUGAGGGCCACUGAUGUGAUGAUUGCUGGAAAGGUUGGUGUUGUUUGUGGCUACGGAGAUGUUGGGAAGGGUUGUGCUGCUGCAUUGAAGCAAGCUGGUGCACGAGUGGUCGUGACUGAGAUUGAUCCAAUCUGUGCCCUUCAAGCCCUCAUGGAAGGUUUCCAAGUAUUGACCCUUGAGGAUGUCGUCUCAGAAGCUGAUAUCUUUGUCACCACCACUGGUAACAAGGACAUCAUCAUGGUUGACCACAUGAGGAAGAUGAAAAACAAUGCCAUUGUCUGCAACAUUGGUCACUUUGACAAUGAAAUCGACAUGCAUGGUCUUGAGACUUUCCCUGGUGUGAAGAGAAUCACCAUCAAGCCUCAAACAGACAGAUGGGUCUUCCCAGACACAAAUUCCGGUAUCAUUGUCUUGGCCGAGGGUCGUCUCAUGAACUUGGGCUGUGCCACCGGCCACCCUAGCUUUGUCAUGUCGUGCUCCUUCACCAACCAAGUUAUUGCCCAACUUGAACUCUGGAAGGAGAGGGCAACCGGGAAGUACGAGAAGAAGGUCUAUGUGUUGCCCAAGCACCUGGAUGAGAAGGUUGCAGCUCUCCACCUUGGAAAGCUUGGCGCUAAGCUUACUAAGCUGACCAAGGAGCAGGCUGAUUACAUCAGUGUACCAGUUGAGGGUCCUUACAAGCCUCCUCACUACAGGUACUAAGAGGGACCAUGAUUCAAGAAAGGAGUUUGCUAAACCGGGUUAUUGUUAGCUUUUGAUUAUUCUGAUCCGAUUUUGUGUUAGGUUAGUAGUUUAAAACUUUCUGCUGCUGGUCCUUUUUUUGUGUGUUUUUGGAGGAAGAAGUGGUCUCUAAGACCAUAAUUUGUCGGAUGAGGUAUGAGGUUAAGGGUGUGUUAGAUGGCAAUUUUGUCGUCUGUCGUCUGUUGUCUGUUGUCUGUAUUCCGUUAUCGUUUUCCAUUAUCAGUUAUGAGAAAAAAAUGAACAAUGUUAUGUUGUCUGCUUUACACCA